AUGAUGCUACUGGCUCUGCUCCUCUUAGAUGCUGUCAGUUUCGUAUUUGCACAAAGUGUUGGUACUUUUUUCAACCCGCCCGCAGCAGUAAAAAACCAGCCUGACUUUUCAACAAAUCCGGUAUGGACGGUCGGGGAGACUGAGGCAAUCCAAUGGACGACGACGUACUUGAACUAUACGAUUGCACUGUGGCAGCAAAUCUUAGAUGAGGAUGCUGCUCUGAGGGGUCCCUCCAUCUUCGAAACCGAGACGGGAGCAGUAACUCAAUUCAACUGGGCGGUUUAA